AUGGCAGAGGAAAAACCAUCCCGCGAACCUCCCUCCUCACCAGCUGCAAAAAUGGAGGGGGAGGGGGGGGACACCCUACCACGUGGGCAGGAUGCAACACACACAGGACAGCAACACGUCCGCAUGGAACGGCUGCCUUUGCCCUCACGCCAGCAAAGGACACCGCGACAGGAUGGGCAGGGGCGCGGGCCCCCGCACGGGCCUCCGCACCCCGCGGGGCACCGCCAGGCGCGAGGGGCUGCCCCGCCUUCGCGGCCGAGAAGCGCCCCCAAGCUUCAAGGGGAGAAGCCGCACCGUUGCCCGGGGUUCGAGGGCUGGCCCAGGCCAGGGUGCAGCUUCCAGGCGAAAGGGGACGCUCGCUGGCCCCGGCGCCCACGGGGAGCCACGUCUGGUCCCCCUCCCCCGGGGCCCCAGCUGGGGGAGGGGCGGGAGGCGCGGAGCUGCCGCUUCCCGGCUGAGGGGCAGCAGCAGCUGAGGAGCAGCGCCGCGGGGGAGGGAGGGAUCAGCCCUCGCCGCCCGCCAGGCCCCGGCCCAGGCCCCGGCCCCCCGCGCCGCCCGCCGCCCACCUCACGGCGCGGCCGCGAGGGAGCGCAGGGAGAGGACGUCUCUCCGAGGGCAGCCCCAGCCUCCGUCCCGGGAGAUGCCCCAGCCCCGCCUCCUCGCCCCGUUGCCCCGGCGCGGCCGCCUCGGCGGCGGGCACUCACCUCAGGCUGCGCAGGCCGGGACGGCCCGGCCGAGCCCCCGGCCGCUAAGUGCGUCUCCGCCCCCCCGGGAAAGGUCCCAACGGCGCCUGGUGCGAGCGGCCGAGGCCCCGAGCAGCGCCGAGAGCGGCGGCAGCAGCGGGAGCAGCCAACAUCCGGGGCCGCGCACCCGGAACUACUUCCCGACCCGCUCCCUCUCCCGCCCCCGCCGCGGCCGCCGCGGCCGCCGCCGCCGUCACGGUCGCCCCCGCCUCCCGCGACGUCGCUGCGCCACCGGCCGGGCGUCGGCGGCGUCACGACUGGUACGCGUCGCGGCCGCUUCGACGUGCGCGGGAUUCCUCCGCUGGGACAAGUAGUGCCUCGGGGCUCCACGCAGCCAGCGUCCACUAGCGGCCGGCAGUUCCGAUCGGUUUGGGGUCGCCUCGCCUCUCAGUGA